GCAAAAGUGGGUUCGAACACCCCCGUGUAGACGCCGUGCGCUUUAGACAAUGCGCUUAGAUUGUUUAAAUAGGGCCCAUGAUGUUGUAAUCCAAGUCAUAGACAUAGCAAUGAUAAGUUAGCAGAUGUAAAAUGUUUUAUGUGCAUUUCCACAAACAACGCUAUCAACAAAAGGUCCAAUUAUGACCAAAAGUAGCACAAAGUACUCUCAGUAACAUGUUAUCCAUUUGCUAUGGCCUAAGAAGAGACAUUUUUUUUAACUGAACAUUGAAAACUCUAUAUUCUGCUGCAUUAUUUUUAACACAUGUUGGGUGUCCCCCAUGACAACGGCCCAGGAACUGAUGACAGGGUAUCUCUUAAUUUGAACUCACACCUACCAUAUCUAAAGUUGGUUUUGUGGGUGAGAAGGGUUAUUUUAUCUCUGUAUAAGCUCUUAUUAUAAUGGCUGUUGAUGGAAGAUAUAUUUUCAUAGGUUUUGAAGUUCUUAUAGCUAUAGGUUGUUGUCAGGGCAAUCUGCUGGUGAUAUGGGCCGUGUGGAAGAGCGGAUCCCUAAAUCAACCCACCUUCUGUUUGAUCGUAUCACUGGCGAUGGCUGAUUUUUUGGUUGGCAGUGUGGUUGUUCCACUUUCUGUAGUUGAGGCGUUCAAAGUUAAAAUGUCUUUCCAUCCGUGUCUCUUUAUAAGUUGCUUUCUCAUAGUACCGCUUCAAGCCUCAGUGUUUACCCUCCUGGCUAUUGCUUUGGAUCGAUACCUGAGAGUUUGUAUUCCCUUCAGGUAUAAGUCUAUAGUAACUAAAAGACGCUCUUGGGUUCUUGCUGCUGUGUGCUGGAUGUUGGCGUGUCUGCUCGGCUUCUUACCAAUGUAUGGAUGGUACAAACCUCACACUUUGAAACGUCACAACUCCACCUUAAACUGUGAAUUUACAGCCGUCAUUUCCCUCUCAUACCUGGUUAACUUUAUUUUCUUUGGUAUCUUUAUGCCUCUGCUGGCCGUCAUGGUUGCUUUGUAUUGUUACAUCUUUUUUAAAGUUAGAAUGCUGAAGGGAAAGACGGGGAUUGCUGAAUCCGGUGCGUAUAACCAUAAGGAACACAAACUGGCCGGCUCACUGGUUUUGGUUUUGGCUCUGUUUGUUGCAUGCUGGCUUCCAUUACACAUCAUGCACACUAUUAAUUUCUAUAAUUUCCCGAUUAAACAAGUGCGUUCUGAUGUCAUUUAUUUUGGUGUUGUAGUAGCUCAUGUUAACUCAGUGAUCAAUCCUGUUGUGUACGCCCUGAGAAUACCUAAGAUUAAGACGGAGUUCAGAAAGGUUUGGAGAAGCCUGAUUGGCCCACAGCAGCAGACUACAGAGUCAUUGGAUUUAUAAAGUUACAGUGAAAGUCAAUCAGGUUCAGUGGUGUCAAUUCAACUGAUUGUGUUCUAAUCGGCUUGGGGAACAACUGCAGAAUUUAAAGGGCACCUGUUAUGCAAAAUGUACUUUUACACGGUGUUUGGAUAAAUGUGUGUUGGCAGUGUGUGAACACAACAACCCUACAAUAACAAACACCAUCCCUUCUUUUUAUCCCCAUUAAACGAGAACAGUCUCAUCAGAUGCAGUUUUGAUCUCUUGUUGUUAAUGUGAUGUCACACUGAUAAAGCCCCGCCCACAGACACUGACUGACUGGUUAAUAUUUACCAAAAGCUUUUCUAAAUGUGUUUGUUAGCACAUUGUAGCCCUUAUGUGGCUAAAUAUAUUAUUAUUGUCUCUUUUUUGUAAGUGAAUGAGAAGCUCAUUUGCAUUUAAAGGUACACACAUGAAAACAGCACGUUUUUUUUCCCAUCUAAACAUGGAGAUUUUGAUCUGUGGGGUACUUCUUGUCUUCAAAUCUCAAGACUUAUCUGCAGGCUUUCAUGUGAUUGCUUUUAUGCUUGUAUUAGGUUGUAUUAGUUGUAAUGAUUAUUGCUGUUAAUGUUGAUUGUUUUAUUGUAUGGUGUCUAGUAAGGCUCCUAUAAAUAAAAUGUAUAACAAUAAUAAAAAUAAUUUUAAGCUGAAACUUCACAGAGACGUUCUAGGCACACCUGGGACUUAUAUUACAUCUUAUUAAAAUUUUCUCCCAAAAAUUUACAUUCUGUAGCUAUUUACAAACAAUGUCAUUUUGAAUAUGUUAGACUUAUUUUUAUCUAUCAGAAGUUUUUUAUUUUAUUUACAGUAAUACGAUUUUCAUCUAUUUUGCGCUUUGCCCAAAGUCAGAAAUCUAUUUUUUUUUAAGAGGAAAUGGCAUAAAGCAGUAUAUUUUAAAGUAAUUGUAAUGAAUUAAAUCAACAUUUUUAUCAUGUUAUGUCAAAUAGAACGUUUUCAAUAUUUUACUGCAUUUUGGCGCUUGUGCAUUAAUAAAACUUUGCAAACAUGCCAGUUUCU